AUGGUGCUAGCGAGCAAAGCACUGCAAAGCCUAAAAGAGUACUGCUCCCAGCUGCAGGUGAUGACGGACCCCUCCUCCCAGGCCCUGCUGGGCGCCGAGGCCCGGCUGCGGUGCCACUUCGAUGUCGGGGGGCUGGUGGCCCUGCGCUCCCUGCGGGUGACCUGGUCCCUCUGGGAUGAGAAGAUCGCAGAGUACGAUGAGGGCAAGAGCUCAGUGCAGGCUGGAGCCACGAUGGAAAAGACAGAGCUGGAGAAGGGGGACGCCUCCCUGGUGCUGCCCAGGGUGACGGUGACAGACGGGGGGCUGUACACGUGUGUCGUGGGCUACGGGGCGCAGCAGCAGCAGGGGAGCACCAGCCUGCGCGUGCUCGGUGAGGGCCGGAGAGGGGCCCCGCGUGCGUCCCCGGUGGCCGUGAGCACCGGUGGGAGCCGAGCGCCUCCUGGGAACGACCCGGGCUGGUGCUCAGACCCCCACACCCAGCGCAGGGCCUUCCUCUCUCUCCUCCCAGCUCCCCCGACCAUCUCCAUCCCGCAGCGCGCAGCCCUGGCCGGUGCCAUCACCUCCCUGCCCUGCCACGUGGGGGGCUUCUACCCCGAGGACGUGGACAUGGCGUGGCUGAGGGACGGGCAGGUCCUGAACGGCUCCACUCGCUCCAGCCCCAAGAGGAACCCGGACGGGACCUUCAGCCUCACCCUGACCUACACCUUCACCCCCGACCUGCACGACGCCGGCAGCGUCUUCGCCUGCCGCGCCCGCCACGUGGCGCUGGGGCAGCCCCUGCACGAGGAGUUCCCCCUGGACGUGGCAGGUGGGGCCUCGCAUCGCACCGGCGCCGUGAUCGGAGCAUCCCUGGGGCUCGCGGUGGCAGCAGGAGCUGCGGCUGCCACGGCCUUUUACUGCUGGAGGAGGAGGAAAGGUGGGAAACCCCCCUACACCAUCUCCAAGGUGCGGGGGCCAGAGCAGUGCCUGCUGGGCCAGGAGGUGACCCUGCGCUGCUGCAUGGAGGGGACCUUCCCCGAGGACACGGCCGUGACGUGGGAGCGGGUCCAGGGCGAGGACAGGACGGCCACCGAGCCGCACGGGGACACGGCCGACCCCGAGCGCCUGCCGCUGUUACGCGCCCUGCCCCCGGGCUGGACCGCGACGCAGGAGAGAAGAGCGACCGGCCUCACGGCCUCCCUGACCUUCACCGCCGCGGUGCAGGACGACGGGGCGCGCGUCCGGUGCUGCUUCCACCACGGGGCCAAGCGCAUCGGGGAGCAGCGGGAGUCCCGGGAGAUCCGGGUGCGGGCGCGGCCGGAGCUGUCCGGGAUCCAGGUGUGGCCGCGCUGGGACCCCCCGGACCAGGUGCCGUUCGCCGUCCGCCUGCACGGCUUCUACCCCCGCGGGAUCCACCGCAUCGCGUGGAGCUGGGACGGGGACGGUGCCGGGAGAGAAGAGCCCCCCGACAUCAGCCCCAACCCGGACGGCACCUUCACGGCGACGAGCGUGUGGAGAGUGCCCAGCCGGAGCCUGACCGGCCCGGGGCUGCGAGUGCGAGUGUGCGUGCAGCACGGCCCCGCAGACCCCCCGCUGGAGACAGAGCUGCGCCUGGGGGACGCCGGGCUCCUGCGGCCCCCGGCACUGUCGGACAUCUUGCAGGUGGAGUCGGUGUCUGUGGGGAACAGAGUCACCCUGAGCUGCCACAUUUGGGGACAUUUCCCAGGAGAGCUGAGGGUGACCUGGCUCCGGAGGGGCAAGGGACAGGCUCCAGCCGUGCCCCUGGCAGACUUUGAUGAUUACGAGAUCCAACCGGGCACGGCCGUGCAGGCACCAGACAGGAAGAGCUUCUGGCAGGAAACAAGACUGAUCUUCACUCUGUCGGUGCAGAGAGACCAGGGUGCCCAGUACAUCUGCCGUGUGCAGCACGUGGCCCUGGAGCAGCACGUGGAGAAGAGCAGCACGGAGCUGCAGGUGACAGCGCGGCCGGAGCUGUCCAGGAUCCAGGUGUGGCCGCGCUGGGACCCCCCGGACACGGUGCCGUUCGCCGUCCGCCUGCAUGGCUUCUACCCCCGCGGGAUCCACCGCAUCGCGUGGAGCUGGGACGGGGACGGUGCCGGGAGAGAAGAGCCCCCCGACAUCAGCCCCAACCCAGACGGCACCUUCACGGCGACGAGCGUGUGGAGAGUGCCCAGCCGGAGCCUGACCGGCCCGGGGCUGCGAGUGCGAGUGUGCGUGCAGCACGGCCCCGCAGACCCCCCGCUGGAGAGAGAGCUGCGCCUGGGGGACGCCGGGCUCCUGCGGCCCCCGGAGGGGUCCUCCUGGACUCUCGGACCCCUCCGCAGCCCCUUCUCCGGGCUCCUGGACCCUCUGGCCCGGCUCAGCCCUUUCCUGGGCACCAGCCCCUGA